AUUUACGUUUAAAGAAACGGAUAUUUAUAGUUUUUAACAAGUUUCCAAAGUUCAGAAAACAAUUGUUUUUGUCAAAAAAAAACAGGUAAAAAAUUAAGUAUGAAUAGGGCCUUGAUAAGUUUGGUGAAGUUGGAUUAUUAUUCCUAGUCAUUGCCUGACCAUGAUGGAAACAGUAGUGGCCGUAGCCAUUGGUGUAUUGGCUACCAUAUUUAUUGCCUCUCUUGUUGGACUGAUGUAUGUCUGUAAGGUGAAGUGUAAGAAAGUAGACCUCAUAACAUCACAACUGAAGGACACAAGGCCAGAUGUACAGUUAAUAGAAGAUGAUGCACAGUCUAACCCAGCUGAUGUUGAGUUAGAUGAGGUUAGAAUAUCUAAUCCCAGGCUAGAUCAGUUAUUACAAGAUGAACAUUGGGUUGAUGAUGCAACUGGUUUAGUUCCUCAUUGUAUUGCCAUUUUAAAAACCUGUCAUAUUUUGACUGAACGACUAGUUGGUAUGACUAUGGGAAAUGCCCAGAUGAUACGUACCCAAGAAUUACUGACAGAUAUUAUUGCUGUGGCUAAAAGAAUAAGUCCUAGAGUUGAUGAAGUUGUCAAUUCCAUGUACCCACCACUUGACCCAAGAUUACUAGAAGCCAGGUGUACAGCAUUGGUUCUGUCUGUCAGCCAUCUUGUUUUAGUCACAAAGCAUGCUUGUCAGUUCUCUGGUAGUAUGGAUUGGAUUGACCAAUCAUUAGCUGAUAUUGAAGAGCAUUUGAGGGUACUAAGAGAGGCAAGUUCAGAAGAAGAAUUAACUAGAACUUCCUCAUCAUCAGCAUCAGAUGACAGUAAUAUUGAAGUUAUUGAGCCUAAUCAACCACCCAGUGAACAAUCAAAAGUCUAAAUCAGUGCUACAGACUUGAAGAGCCUGUACUCCAUACAAUAGUCUUUUCCCCAAGUGGUUAUUUUUUUUUUUGUUAUGAAUAUUACCUUAUAGAAUGUGUAGGUUGAAAAUUUGUUAAUGAUAUAGGAUAGAAGUUGUUUAAUUACAAUUUCAGAUUUUCUAAAACCAAAUUGAGCAAAUUCUAAUAAUGGGUUAUAAAUGCGCAUCUGGUGCAGGAAAAUUGGUACCAUUAAUGUUAUUAUAGCUAUACAGGUUGUGAAAUUGGGGAAGAUCAUAAUUGCAAUUGUUUAGGAGGUUUUCCACUCAUAUUUGAAUAUAAUUGACAUAUUAAAAUAUACAUGGUUGUUGUAUGACAUAUUAUGCAGGUCAUAAGAUACCACUGAAUACAAUAUAAAAAAAAGAUAUUCAGUUAAGACA